UAUUUGCCCAAACCUACUAGUCUACUGCUACUACUGCUUUCAGAUUUCUUGUGAUCUAUCUUCCUGUGUUUCCUUUCACUGACCAAGAAGAAAUGGCCGAAGCAAUGCCGUUUGAAAUUGCACGAAAGAUCAUUGAAUUACUGGGCUCCACUACUUUUGAAGAGAUUGGAUCUAUUUGGGGUGUCAAAGAUGAGCUCCAGAAACUGAAGAACACUGUUUCCACUAUUCAAGCUGUGUUUCAGAAGGCAGAGGAGUUGCAGUACAAGAAGCAAGAAGUCCGUGACUGGAUCAUGAAGCUCAGAGGCGCAAUUUAUGAUGCGGAUGACUUGUUGACCGAUCUGUCCACUCAAGAUUUGCGGCGGAGGGAGAUGGGUGAUGAGGAAAUGGCUAAGAAGGUACGUACUUUCUUUUCGAGUUCAAACCAAGUUGCUUUUCGUCUUAAGAUGGCUCACAAACUAAAAGCAAUGGUGGAAAGACUUAAAGAAAUAGAAAAUGACAUGAAGAAUUUAGAGUUGGUAGCAUGUCCUCCACAGGCAACGGUUGUGUCUAGGGAGAGGGACCAAACUCACUCAUUUGUAGAAGAAAUUUUUUUGGGGAGAAAAGAGGAUAAGAAUAACAUCAUAGGUCUAUUAUUGGACGUUGAUGAGGGACACAAUGUCUCAUUUAUAUCCAUUGUGGGAAUCGGAGGGCUAGGGAAAACUACACUUGCUCAGCAUGUAUACAAUGAUGAGCAAGUAAAGGCUUUUUUCGAGUUAAAGAUGUGGGUGUCUGUCUCUGAGGUCUUUUCUGUGAAAACAGUUGCUGAAAAGAUAAUUGAAUGUGCAACUGGAAGGAAACCUGAUAAUUUUCCUUAUGAGGUCUUGCAAAAUAGAGUUCACCAAGAGCUUGAUCAAAAGAAGUUUUUGCUUGUGUUGGAUGAUGUGUGGAAUGUGGAAAAUGAAGAAUGGUCUAACUUAAAAUGUCUUUUGAUGGGUGGCUCAAAGGGAAGUAAAGUGCUGAUAACUACACGGACCAGAUUGAUUGCAAAGAUAACUAGCACAGUCUCACCGUAUUUUCUAAAAGGCUUGUCAGUAGACAAAUCUUGGUCUUUAUUAAAGCGGAUUGCAUUUAACAAAGGGGAAGACAGCAAUCCUGACCAUGAAGAUAUUGGAAAGAAAAUUGUAGAAAAAUGUCAGGGAGUGCCUCUUGCUAUUAAGAUGAUAGGAAGAGUAUUAUACUUCAAAGGGACAGUGGAUGAAUGGUCAGAUAUCAAGAAUAAAGAACUUACAAAUGUAGAUCAUGAAGAAAAUAAUAUUUUAUCAAUUUUAAAAUUGAGUUACGACUAUCUCCCAGUACAUUUAAAGUGUUGUUUCACUUAUUGUUCAAUGUUUCCUAAAGAUUAUGAGAUUCGAAAGUUGACAUUGAUACAACUAUGGAUUGCACAAGGAUUUAUCCGAUCAUCAGUCGACAACCCACUAUUAGAGGAUGUUGCUGAUGGGUAUUGCAUGGAUCUACAUUUAAGGGCCUUCUUCCAGGAAACUAAAGAAGAUUACUCUGGGAAUAUAACUAGUUUUAAAAUGCAUAAUUUAGUCCAUGAUCUUGCACAAUCAAUCUCAAGAACUGAGUGCACACUUUUUGAUUCCAAUGCACAAAAUUUCAAUGAAAAUGUUGGCCAUCUAUCAUUUCCAUUCUACAAUGUUUUUGAGAAGAAUAUAAGCUUGUUAGUUAAAGCAAAGAAGGCACGCACAUUUAUUUUGACAUCCGAUCCUAGGUACUCUGAUCAAGAAGUAGAACAAGAAUCGCCUUUCAGUAGACUUAUUUCUCCUACUCAAAAAGUAGAGAAAGAAUCAUCUCUUGAAAGGCUUAUUUCUAGUUUUAGAUGCUUGCGUGUGUUAGACCUGCAUGAUUUAAAAAUUGUGACAGUGACGAAUUCUAUAGAUAAUUUGAAAUAUCUGAAGUACCUUGAUCUUUCCGAGAAUGACAUUAAAUUUGUCCCUAGUUGUAUUAUAAGACUGCUGCAUUUGGAAACAUUAAAGCUCUCUAGAUGCGUCAAUCUUAUAGAAUUACCAAAAGACAUUCAAAAAAUGGUUAGCCUCAAGCAUCUUGAGAUAGAUGGUUGUAAGAGUUUGACUCAUAUGCCAUGUGGAUUAGGGCAAUUGAUUCUUCAGACAUUACCACUAUUCGUUGUGAGCAAAGAUCCUACAGGUUCCUCCUCCAAGCCUUGUGGUGAACUAGCCGAAUUGAACAAGCUAUACGAUGUGAGGGGAGGACUACAUAUUAAAAAUUUGUCAUGGUUGAAAGAUGCUACUUCAGAAACCAAGGCUGCCAUUUUGAAGGACAAGAAAUAUCUUAGAGAUUUGAAAUUAAGUUGGGAUUCAGAUGGUAAUGAUAGCACCAAUGUCCAUUCUAGUGAAAAUUUAUGGGAAGGCCUUCAACCACACCCUACAUUAAAGAAAUUGCAAGUGAUAGGGUACCUGGGUCAGACAUUUCCGAGAUGGCUUCCUUCAUUAACAAGUCUUAUUAAAUUAGAAAUAUGGCAAUGUGUGUGGAAACAUCUAUCACCAUUGUAUCAACUCCUGUCUCUUCGAGAACUAUAUCUUAAAAGUAUGAUUGGUUUGGAAUGCAUAUCAAAUCAGAAGAUGACUGAUGAGGCUUCAUUGCCAACAUCGUGGACAAAUGUUUUCCCUGCUCUAGAGUCACUCAAACUCUGGGAUUGCCCUAAUCUAGAAGGAUGGUGGAGGACUGAUAUUGUCGAGGUCAAUAUUGAUAAUGAUCAAGGCGAUGUGGCAACAAAACCGUCAACAUCAAGUCAACAACAUAUAUCAUUGCCUUUCUUUCCUCGUCUUUCUUACUUGUAUGUAAGGAAUUGUGUGAAGCUAACUUGCAUGCCAUUGUUUCCAAAUCUUAAAGAAGGUUUAAUACUGAGCAAUGCCAACUUGAAGCCAUUGCAACAAACAAUGGCGAUGACAAUGGAUAUGAUAAUAGAAUCUUCACUUCCCUCCUCCUCCUCCUCCUCCUCCUCCCCACCCCUUUCUAAAUUAAAGUCUCUGUCCUUGUUUAGGAUGCAAGACAUAGAGUCUUUGUCAGAUGAUUGGCUACAAAACUUGACUUCUCUCGAGUAUCUAGAGAUUUGGGCAUGUCCUAGACUAAAAUCUCUGUCUCGAUUUAUGCAAAGUCUCACCUCCCUCAAGAAGUUGGAGAUUGGGGACUUCGAGGAGGUUGAUUUGAUUUGUGAUGAGAGUGAUAAUAGCACAAAAUGGGAUACUAAUCUGCAAGAGAUCAGGCUUUCAAUUUUUCCUCACUUGGAUUCUUUACCAAAGUGUAUUGGCAACCUCAAAUCACUUCAAAGCCUUAAAAUUGACGAAUGGCCCAAUCUAACAUCACUUCCUGAAUGGAUCGGUGACCUCACAUCACUUCAAAAGAUUGAAAUUUAUUUGUGUCCCAAAUUGACAUCACUUCCUGAAGGAAUGCGUAACCUCCGCUCUUUACAGAGCUUGGAAAUCAUCAACUGUCCCAAGUUGAAGGAAAGUUGCCAGGAAAAAAUUGGUGAGGAUUGGCCUAAGAUUGCUCACAUCCCAAUUUUUCGAAAUCUGUAAGGAUGAAAUUCUUGUUCAGCCACUGAUAAGCUUCUGCUCUUUUGGAAUUUUUGAAGCACUACACAAACUACUGAAUGGGUGUCAGGGAAAUGGGGAAAGAUUGCCUGAAAUUGCUCAUAUCCUACAGUUGGGAGGGAUGAACCUGAAGACUAGAACUAAACCCAAUUGGAAGGGGGCGAAUCCCAUUGGACCAAAAGGCAAUUGCCCUCAUAUACAGAAGCAAUCAAAGCAUAGAAAAAGUGUUCUCUGGAAAUGGAAAGAAAAGAAAAGAAGCAUAAAAAAGUGUCAUACUUUCUUGUUUCCAUAGAAUGUCAACAACAAGAUGAUUAUGAUCAUGAGCAGUGAACGCACGUUUUGUUGGCUGCUGAUUGGAGCUAUUUUCUAUGACAAGCUACAAUAUAAGGUUUGAGACCUUUGUGGGAGAGGGCUCAGUUGUGGGGCAAUGAGCUUCUAUGCCUGUUUGGUUGAAGUGGGGUUUCUAGGUUUCUCGCCUGACAUAUGGAGAAAUAGGCCUUUCUUUAAAUGAAUUUCUUGCCCCGCAAGGGCAAAAGGAAACUGAAGAUUCAUGUGACAGUUCCCAUCUGGGAAAAAAAAGUCUGGAAAUUCUCCUGCACAGACUAGUAGACCCAAAUAAAGGUAGAAUGGUAUUGCCAUUUACACCCUUAACAGUGGUGUUUCAAGAUGUGCAAUACCAUGUUGACAUCCCUUGGUAAUUACAUUUAAUCAUAUAAGGUUCCGGUUGCUGCUGGAUUGAUAGCUGUUUACAUAACAUUAUAUUAAUUUCUGUCGUUCUUUUUCAAAUUUUUGGCUUCUUGAAAUGAGAGAAAAUGUAUUCACCAACAAAAAACUCCAAAUUCUUUCCGAUGUUAUGGUUGCAUUGAGGCCUGGUGCUCUUACAGCAUUGAUGGUUGUCAGUGCAGCUGGGAAACAAACUUCCAAAUGUCUUAGCCAGAAGAAAUACCAGUGGCUAUAUUGAAGGGCAAACAAAAAUUGGAGGGCAUCCCAAGGUUCAAGAAAAGUUUGUUAGGGUGUCAGGUGUUUGUGAAAAAACAGACUUACAUUCCCCUCAAACUUACUGUUGAAGAAUUGGUGAUAUUUUCUGCUUGGCUAUGACUGUCUCCUCAGAUAGAAUAAAAAAUUAAAGCGGAAAACAACGAGCUUGUAAGGCAGUUAAGUAGUCCACCUCCUGGUUCAACAGUACUGUAUUUUCCUACCUGCUUUUCACAAAAGUGGUUGGGGAAAAUUCAAAGCUUGCCUAUGGAAACAGCAUUUGGCUUAUUGGAGGAGUCCUGCAUACAACUUUAUGCAUAUAAUGCAUACGCUUGUGUCAGCUUUAGCUUGUUGGGGAACUUUAUUGGAACAAAGGAAAAAAGUUAUAAGCUCUAAUAUGUCUAGGGAUUCUACUCUUUUUACAGAAAUGUUUAGCAUAUUUGAAAAAUUACAAGUCUUACCUACCAGCUACCUCGCAAAAUUGAGCUUGCACAUUGUAAGUGACAGUAUAACCAGAAUCUCUCUUACGAAGUGUCUGAUGAGCAUUUUUCUUGCAGUUGUAGGUCUUUUAUUUUUAUUUUUUAUUUUGGCCUAA